AUGACGUCGCCGACGCCCGCCGACCCCUCGAGCAAGGCUGCCGCUCGUUCCAAGAGACAGCGCUCUACUCCUCCCAGUUCUCCUCGCCAUACGGUCCUUCCCCCGUCUCCUACCAAGUCACCCGAUGUGCGCAAACCGCCGCGUAAGCGCCCGAUCGCUGAGAGCAAGAUCAAUGCUGGCUCGAACGAUGCCCUUCAACCCGCAGGACCCGACAUCGUUUUGACUCCGCGGAAGCAGCGCAAUCUCAGACAACUGGUACUGACCGCCCGCGACACGUACCUACAGUUCUCCGAGUUCUGGGACUCGCUGGGGCUGCCUUCAGUUGACAGCGACUGGGACGAGGACCUCGAUGAGGCGGAUGAGUACCAGGAAGACUUUGCCGCGACGGGUGUCAUUGAGAACGACCAGGACACGACCGAAGUCGUCAACAAGGAAGGAAAGGCGGACAACGAGGAGCAUUGUGAGGACGAGCCGCCCGAGGAGAACGACGAGCGUGGAGUGGGGAACGAGGACGAGCGCGUGGCCGAGGAGGAGAACGACUCGGCCGACGAGACCGCCAGUGUCGACAACGCCGAGGGCACCGGCCCCAGCACAGCCCCUGUUCCUCGCCAGUUCCGCAUCCCGGACCUGUCCCUGCCUGCUCCUCACGUGAGGUGUCUGAUCGAGAUCCUGAACUCGCUCAUCGACGGGACAUGCGAGGUGAACCGGAAGGACGCUCUGGUGCGAUGGAAGUUUGACUUUGAGGUUCUCGACACGAUCGCCGACUUUGCCAAUCUGAAGCAUACGCCGUCGGCUGUCUCUCUCCCUGUUCCUCGCUCGAAGAUGACCGCUGCUUUCAAGGGGGGCCUCACCGUCGGUGUACUCCUGACGGACCUUGAGGGAGGUAACCUCUGGAAUGCCGCCCCUCUCCGUGCCGACAAGAUCCGUGUGACAAUCAAGAGCGUUCAAACUGACAAGAUCUACUUCACGUACAUCGAAUCAGAUCUGCCAUCCACCGCUUACAAUCAAUGGUGGUUUUUCUUAAUGUUCCUCGAUGUUGCAGCUCGGUACAAGGCGGACGAGGAGGGGCUGCAGAAGGUGCGCAAGCGCGCGGAGAGCAAGGCUGCCGGGCAGGCCCUGGCCAGGGCGCUGCCGUACAAAAACGGCAAGCUGAAGGGUCGUCCUGCGUAG